AUGGGUAAAUCAUCGAAUAGCGCAAUUUUGAGCUUUGAUAAGGAGGCAUUGGGGAGGAAGCGCCAGAACAAGACGAAGCAGGUGGAUGAGAUCGUAUUCGAUGAGGACAAGCGUAGGGAAUAUCUCACUGGGUUUAGAAAGAGGAAGCAGAAGCGUCUAAAUGAUAGGAGGGAAAAGGCGGUGGCGAGGGAUAAGGAGGCCAAGAAGCAGGAAACCAAGGAGCUCAGGGCUCAUCGCAAAACUGAAGCUAAAUCGAAUUAUGAAAAUUACGAGUCUCAGUGGAAAACGCAAGAGGAGGAGGAAGAUAACAAGGAUAACAAGGAAUCCAAUAAGCAGCGCGAUGACGCCUACGAAGAUGAUAAAACUUACGCCCAAGUUUCUGUUGUAGAAGAUUUUAGCAUGGAUUGA